GCAGCCAUGGAGCCGCUGCGCCGCCCGCCGCUCGGCCUGGCCGCGGUGCUGCUGCUGCUGCUACUCUCGCCGAGCCUCGGGAAUACCAGCUCAGUAACUGUGCCUGAAACACUCUUGUUUGUUUCAACUCUUGAUGGAAGUUUGCAUGCUGUCAGCAAGCGGACGGGAGCGAUCAAGUGGACUUUAAAAGAAGAUCCUGUCCUGCAGGUGCCAAUACAUGUGGAAGAGCCAGCAUUUCUUCCAGACCCAAACGAUGGCAGUUUGUAUACGCUUGGUGGCAAGAAUAAUGAAGGCCUGACUAAACUUCCAUUUACCAUCCCAGAGUUAGUGCAGGCAUCUCCCUGCCGCAGUUCAGAUGGGAUCCUUUACAUGGGCAAGAAGCAGGAUAUUUGGUAUGUGAUUGACCUCAUGACUGGGGAGAAACAGCAAACCUUGACUUCUUCGUUUGCAGAAAGUCUUUGUCCAUCAACAUCCCUGCUGUAUCUUGGGAGAACAGAGUACACAAUCACAAUGUAUGACACCAAGAAGAAGGAGCUGAGAUGGAAUGCCACCUAUUUUGAUUAUGCAGCUACUAUGCCUGAUGAAGACGUAAAAUAUAAAAUGUCCCACUUUGUGUCUAAUGGAGAUGGACUGGUGGUGACUGUAGACAGUGAGUCUGGGGACGUGCUGUGGAUUCAGAAUUACGCUUCUCCUGUGGUAGCUUUUUACAUCUGGCAACGUGAAGGAUUGCGGAAAGUUAUGCACACAAAUGUGGGGAUAGAAACUCUGCGAUACUUGACAUUCAUGUCUGGGGAGGUCGGACACAUUACCAAGUGGAAAUAUCCUUUUCCAAAGGAAACAGAGACCAAGAGCAAAUUAACACCAACUCUUUAUGUAGGGAAAUACUCCACGAGUUUGUAUGCAUCGCCAUCGAUGGUGCACGAAGGAGUAACAGUUGUGCCCCGUGGCAGUGCCAUACCCUUAUUAGAGGGUCCAAAAACAGAAGGAGUCACAAUUGAAGACAAUGGCGAAUGUGUCAUCACUCCCAGUACGGAUUUAAAGUUCUCAGGCAGACUGAAAGGAAAGAACAAACUCAGCUAUUGGAACGACUUGCUGUUAAUAGGGCACCAUGAAACUCCCUUAUCUGCCCCUACAAAGAUCCUGGAGAAAUUCCCAAGCAACUUACCUAGGAGGCCUGAAAAUGUGAUUCCAGCUGACUCUGAUAAAGUCACUAUUGAGAAGGUUAUUGACAUCGUUGAAGGUUCUGCACCAGAAGUGCCUCCUGCUGUUCCAAAGGAUAUUGAGGAGAAAGCUGCUCAGCCUGUUGCUCGGCCAGAAGCUCCUGUGGACUCUAUGUUGAAAGACAUGGCCACGAUCAUUCUCAGCACUUUCCUACUCGUGGGCUGGGUGGCAUUUAUCAUCGCCUAUCCAAUGAGUGUACAUCAGCAACAGCAAAGGCAGCAUCAGCUGGAAGAGAAGAUACAGCUCUUGCAACAACAGAAGCUGCCCUUCCGUGCUCCCAGUGAUCUGCCACCAGAAGAUUUCUUGGACACCUCCUAUGGACAGACAGACAGCUCUGCUACCAGCACACCAAAUAUGUCGCCCAAAGCAUCAAACCAUUCUGCAUAUUCCAACAUCUCCACAUCUGAUGUUGGGAGCUGCCUUUCUACAGAGCAAGAAGAGGGAGAUGACGAUACCAACAGAGUGAUGGUUGGCAAGAUUUCAUUUAACCCAAAAGAUGUACUGGGGCAUGGAGCUGAAGGAACAAUUGUUUACAGGGGGACGUUUGAUAACCGUGAUGUUGCAGUGAAAAGAAUUCUUCCCGAGUGCUUCAGCUUUGCAGACCGCGAAGUGCAGCUGCUGCGAGAGUCGGAUGAGCACCCGAAUGUGAUCCGCUACUUCUGCACGGAGAAGGACCGGCAGUUCCAGUACAUCGCUAUCGAGCUGUGCGCCGCCACCUUGCAGGAGUAUGUUGAACAAAAGGCCUUCAGUCACCAUGGCUUACAACCUAUUACCCUCCUGCAACAGACGACAUCUGGUCUCGCUUACCUGCACUCCCUCAGUAUUGUGCACAGGGACCUGAAGCCCCAUAACAUCCUCAUCUCGAUGCCUAAUGCCCACGGGAAAGUCAAAGCGAUGAUCUCAGACUUUGGCCUGUGCAAGAAGCUGGCAGUGGGCAGACACAGCUUUAGCAGACGGUCGGGGGUGCCGGGAACAGAAGGGUGGAUUGCCCCAGAGAUGCUGAGUGAAGACUGCAAAGAGAACCCUACAUACACCGUGGACAUCUUUUCAGCAGGCUGUGUCUUUUACUAUGUGGUAUCUGAGGGCAGCCACCCCUUUGGCAAAUCUCUACAGCGACAAGCCAACAUUCUGCUGGGUGCAUACAGCCUGGAAUUGUUGGAUGCAGGGAGGCACGAAGACAUAGUGGCUCGUGAUUUAAUAGAGCAAAUGAUAAACAUGGACCCUCAGAAACGUCCAUCUGCCAGCUGUGUGCUAAAACACCCAUUCUUUUGGAGUUUAGAAAAGCAGCUCCAGUUUUUUCAGGACGUCAGUGACCGGAUAGAGAAAGAAGCUUUAGAUGGUCCAAUAGUCAAGCAGUUAGAAAGAGGAGGAAGAGAGGUGGUGAAAAUGGACUGGAGGGAGCACAUCACUGUUCCUCUUCAGACAGAUCUUCGAAAAUUCAGAUCGUAUAAAGGAGGCUCAGUACGGGACCUUCUGAGGGCGAUGAGAAAUAAGAAGCACCAUUACAGAGAACUGCCUCCUGAGGUGCAGGAGACCCUGGGCUCCAUCCCAGAUGAUUUUGUACAUUACUUCACAGCUCGUUUCCCUCACCUGCUCCUACAUACCUACCACGCAAUGCAUAUCUGCUGCCACGAAAGACUGUUUCAGCACUACUACGAUCAGGACUCUGCAGAGAAGAGCAUUGCAGGAGAUGCUGUUUGAGAGCAGAGCAAGCUUUCUUCUCUGGAACCAACAUUCCAAGCACAAGGCUGUGAAACAGGCCUACCUUUCGCAGGGAAAAGCAGGAUCAAAGAGCU